CGGCUCUGUGCCCCGGAAGCGGAAGCGCGUUCUCCCGGCUGUCAAAGUUGGCCUGCGGCUUGGUGGUCGCGGAGUCUGGUGAAGGGUUUCUUACCGCGUUUCCUCCGGUUGCUGAGCUCUUCCCCCGCGGCGGGUGGGAGCGGGGCGGACGCGCGGCAUGAGCACCAUGUUUGCGGACACGCUGCUUAUCGUUUUCAUCUCCGUGUGCACUGCGCUGCUCGCCGAGGGCAUAACCUGGGUCCUGGUUUACAGAACAGACAAAUACAAGAGACUGAAGGCAGAAGUGGAAAAACAGAGUAAAAAAUUGGAAAAGAAGAAGGAAACUAUAACAGAGUCAGCUGGUCGACAACAGAAAAAGAAAAUAGAGAGACAAGAAGAGAAGCUAAAGAAUAACAAUAGGGAUCUGUCAAUGGUACGAAUGAAAUCCAUGUUUGCGAUUGGCUUUUGUUUUACUGCUCUAAUGGGAAUGUUUAAUUCUAUAUUUGACGGUAGAGUGGUGGCAAAGCUCCCUUUCACUCCCCUUUCUUACAUCCAAGGACUGUCUCAUCGAAACCUGCUGGGAGAUGACACCACAGAUUGUUCCUUCAUUUUCCUGUAUAUUCUCUGUACUAUGUCAAUUCGACAGAACAUUCAGAAGAUUCUUGGCCUUGCCCCUUCACGAGCUGCCACCAAGCAGGCUGGUGGAUUUCUUGGUCCCCCACCCCCUUCUGGGAAGUUCUCUUGAACAGCAGCAGAAUUCUUUAUUUCCUGUCUUUUUUUUUAGGUAUUCAAGGCAAACUGGCAAGGCACCUGGUCACGUUCUGGUUUUGAGUUAUUUCUCAGUUUUUUGGAUAUAAUUAGAAUAAGAAUGGCACUCAACUAAUAAGACACUGCUUUUGAUCACAGAUUACUUUUUAAAAUAAGUGGAUUCAUUUGUUAAGUUCAGGUGAUUUCUGUGUAACCACAAACAAAUACCGUCAUUCUUACUUCACUUAAAUAUUUUCUGUGGGACUUAUGAGCAGGACUCUGUGCACCAAGCACUACAGAAGUGGUCUCCUGCGGCUGGGAGAAAGACAAGUUUGUGUAGGUAUAAAUUUAAUCAAAUUAUUUGUUGUGUUUUUUUAAAGCCAGUAUGUCACUUAUGAUCAAUAAACAGCCAAAUAUUUAGCUAUUUCAUCUACCAGAGAUCUGUUUAAUUUUGUUCUGCAUGUUUUUAAAAACAUGCUUUUAGUGAUCUGAAUAUUAGAUUAAAAA